CUGCGGUGUGCAAUGCAGCAGGAGCAAUUCGAGCGUCGGCGAUAGUCAACAAUGUCGUUCCAGGCGGAUGUGCAGCGCUAUGUCGAGGAAGCAGGCAGAACCAUUGAGCAGUAUCUGCCGCAGGACCGCAACUCGCGACUGUUGCUCGCUGGAGGCGCUGCGACUGUAGCUGGUAUCGUCUUGUUCCCGCUGGCCCAUCACUUCUAUCUGGGACGACAACUCGUUCACACGCAUCCGAGUACCGGUUCUCUGUGGGCUUCCGUCGAGUGUGGCGAGAUUGAGAAUGUUCCCAAGGACUUGACUGAGAAUGCAAAGGCUUACCGUACUGUGCACGAUAAGGUGACGAAGCACAUCAAAGAUGUAACGAUUGGACUCAGCGCUGACCUGGAGGCUGACUUCACGGGCCUGCUCCGCAACAACUUUAUCCAGCACAACAGAACUCCAGCGGGCUGGUUUGUGUGGCUGGCGUAUGGUUCCGCGAGACAACGUGAGAGUUUCAAGACGGACUACAUUAACAACCUGAGUUUCGUCAAGGGGGAUCUGGUCAACGGAGCGUACGAAGUCGUCAAGCGAACUCCUCUUCGCGUGGAACUUGCCAUUCGACCGCCAGCACAACUCGAUGCUGUAAAGGGUCUCUUGGUCAUCUCUUUGCGACCACGAAACGAAGGCGCUACUCUGUCAUCGGAGACCAUUCAGUGGACUGAGAGGAACAGUGGGAUUGUGUUGCCAUUGGAGAGAUGGCUUGGCAAGUUCUUACAUGAUCUGAGCGCUCGAUGGGUGACUCUGUCCGGAGCACAGUACCUUCGUGGAUUGGCAUCUGAUCACGUUCUGUAGAUCAGUGGAACGCGAUCAGAAUUGGGUAAGAGAGUCAGCUCUGCCAGCGGGAAUGGCAAAAGACUGCAAUUGAGACUGAACGAGGGCGGUUAGAUACUGUGACUGCAGUCGACAUUGAUUGCGAAGCAGAUAGCCAGACAAUCACAAAAUCAUGCUCGGCGUGGCCGAUGUGUCACAUUGCCAUUGAACGAAUAGGACCAUUGAUCAAAGGCGUGGA